AAUAAAAAUUUGGUGUUGUUACUGUGUGGUGACUGGUGAGCAUCUCAUUCGGUCAUCCCUCUUACGCAAUUACUCAAAUCAAAUCAAAAUACGAAAGUUGAAAACUCGUGGGAUGUGAAGAAAAUCGGACUCCAUAUAUUCUCAAUCAGACUCGGACAUCUUUUCUUAAUAGAACUAGGAACCACAGAACUUAGUCCGAAUUUAAUUAACUCUACGAUCUCUGCUAAUUUGUAAGGAUCUCCCAAAGGUAUUUACCUCUUCUUGAAACAACAGGGAUGGGAGGACUUUCUAUUAUAAAUUUAUCCUCUUCAGUUGGAAUUAGCUCUCGUCGGAGAUGGGGUAACGUCACUACUACUACUUUUUCCUCCCAAAUCUACCAGCUUGCAGUUCCCAAAUUUGAAACAAUCAGCGCCAGCUUUCGGAAUGGUGUUCUCGCCUCAUUUGCUACUCAAAGCCAUCUGUUUUUCAAGGAUUAUGUGAGACCUGAACGUCUUCUGCCAUCCACUGAAGCAAGUUUCUUGACUGAGUCUUCACCAGAUGAUUUCAUUAAACUCCUUGGAGGUGAUGAAUCUCGAUCGGUAUACAUCAUCGAAUUACGUACGAGUAACUUCUCUGGUUCAUGUUUGAGCGAUAUAAAUGCUGGAGUAAUGUUUUGCUUGAUAGACGAAAAUGGUAACUCUCUAUUACAGAGAAUUGCAGCAAGUCCCAAGAACGAAGAAUGUGGUCACAACUCCAGUUGCUUUCAGCGAGGUUCUAGUGACGAGUUUAAAUUUGAUGGACCCAAACUGGGAAAAUUGAAGCUGUUUGGAUCGGUCUUGAGUCAGUCAGGUCGUUGGAGGCUAGGAGGUAUCAACUUGAUUGUAAUCAAUGGGUGUCUACCUCAGUCCACUCAAGCUGAAGAAGAAGGUAAACUAGACGCUAGCUGUGGCUUACAGUUUUAUUUUGACGUUGAGGAUAUCCACAUAGGAGAUGGCACUGACACGUCGAUGUUGGAACUGAGGCCAAGUACUAUAACCGAGUUAUCUGGAGACAUUUCGUCCUUAACAAAAGUGGGUAUUUGCGAUUCAACUUCAAUCGUUGACCGUGAAAAAUCUAAUGAAGAAAGCAUGAAAGAGUAUGGCGAUUUAAAAUUAUCUUUACUACUUUACGACAUUGUACUUAUAUUUGCUGGUUCCUGGAUCAUGGACAUCUCAGUAGGAGAGAGGGCAGGCCUUGCUUUUCUAACUGGUGGAGGUGUGGGCUUCCUUUAUCUAUUGUUAUUGCAGAGAUCAGUUGAUGGGUUAUCAGCUCCCUCGUCAGUUUCUUUGAAAAGGGAUAGUGAGAAUUUGAAUGAACUAUUGGCAGGAGUACAGGGCCCUAUUUCAGGAUUUGCGUUGGCUGUGGUGUUCGCGGUUGUGGUGGUAAAGUACGGGUCAGAUAUAUCACCGGUAGCUUUGACGCCAAAAGAAAUAUUGGUUGGGAUGACUGGGUUUCUUGUUUGUAAGGUGGCUGUUGUUUUGGCAGCUUUCAAACCCAUGUCGACGAGGGUGAAAUAAGACCAGGGAGUCAUCUUUUCUUUCUGUUCACAUUGCUGUGUGAACACGCAGAUUAAUGUCAUCUGUGUAUUCACAAACAAUGCGCGCAGACUCAUGAUAAUACAGUAAAUAGGCUGCGCCUGAAGGGAAUGGAUUGGUUAUGUCGAAUCCUUGACUUAGAGUUCUAAUACUCUUCCUCGUCUCAUCAACUACAAUCAUUGUCCAUGGCUCAUACAAUAAGAUAAAUAGUGGACGAAGUAUAAAAUGUACGAACAUUAUAUGCCAUAAGUAACGAAUUAAAUAUAUAAAGUAUAGAUGUAUGAACAUAGACGAAACGAUUAACUUAUAUGAUUCUCCCUCAGAUCUCUAUCUCCAGGGUUGGGUUUUUCUUUA